AUGGGGAGCUAUGAGCACACGAGCAUAAUACUAACUGUCGUAAUGCUGAGCAAUCAGAGGAUUAAGACCAAUUGUGAGCAAAUACGUUCAGUGGAAAUGAUUGUCAUUUUCUCGUAUCUUCUUUCAUCAACUCAUGCAGCAGAUUCACCUUCACUCCCGUUGAUCUUCGAACUGGUCGAGCGGGCACCAGUAAUUCUUCCAUUUGUCCCGGUCGCGUGCCAGAGUAGCCCAGUGGUUCCUCCUUUCGCGUGGGACACAAAGAGCAUCAUACUUUUCUUUGAAGGACAUCGUGAAGAAACCAUCUGA